GGCCAGGCUGGUCUCGAACUCCUGACCUCAGAUGAUCCCCCAACCUCAGCCUCCCAAAAUGCUGGGAUUACAGGCGUGAGCCACCGUGCUCAGCGGAAAAUGGGAAAAUCUUAAUUGCCCAUGCCCACCUCACUAACAUAGCCAGGUGAAGGGAGUGAACAUUCAUCAGAGUGUUCAUUCCAGCAAGAAAUAGGACCACUGUUUCAAUCUAAAAUGUGAUGAUAGUUCCCACUCUUCUCCUAUGUUACCUUUCUGUCCACAUCUGAAACAUCCAAUCAUGACUAUGUACCAUCAAUGGUCCUCAUUAAUUAAUUGAUGAUGAUAUUUUAGCCAAUAUGUCAGCAAAUGUUCUUUGCUGAUUCUGUCUCCCCCAUCCCCAACAAUUUGAUUUGUGGUUAUUCUGUAUCUACUGCCUGUGUGGAGUGAGCCACAGUCAAUGGAAAUCAUAACACAUGGGGGCUCUUGUUGCCAGGUAGGGAAGAUAAGUGCACUACCCUGCAUGGUAAAAUUCACUCACUACAGUGGUAAUCAGCUGUCACCAACUUGUGACAUUGAUGCCUUGCGUUGCACUGAUUGGUGGAGGAAGAAUGGGGGUCAUCAACACUUACUGGUGUUAACCAUCUGCUAAAUAAGGACUUACUUGAGACUAGUGCAUGUAUUUCUGUUCUCUGAAUUUCAGCUGUAGGACUCAAUAAUCACUUAACUACCAGAUGGUUGACAGACAGCUGACUUCUGCUGUCAGUCAGGAAGCAGUGCUAGGAAUUGAAAUUAUUUCCUUGCAUUCUGAUUUUUCUCAGAUAAAAUAAGCAGGGGUCUAGCUUCAGUUCUUAGUGGGAUAUAGCCUUGGGUAAAGUGCGUAAACUCUCCAAACCUGUUUCCUCCUGUUUACCAUGUAAAGGCUGAAUAAAAUAGAUUUUGAUUUCUCUGUUUUCAUAAGGCGUAGAAUUUUUAAUGUGACUAUUAUAAUCAGGCAAAAAUUUAGAACAAGUACUGUUAUUGGACCGAAAUCUCCUAUUUCAUCUUUUUAGAUUCCACACAUGUGAUCCAGUGUAUGGUACUAAUUGCAUUUGUGAUGAAGAAAUUCUAAAAUCACAGAUGUUGAUUAAUUUAAAAAUGGAACAUACGCAUUUUUAUUAAGCUGUUGAGUUACAGGGUUUGGGCUCCUCUUCCUGAUUUUCUGGCGCAACCCAGCGGUGAUGAGAAUUGUAAGUACAAUGUCAGCAUCAUGCAGAGAUGAAAUUAGGGGACCCAUUUGUCUUUUGGCUGCUUUUGCAGAGAUUCUUUUAUACAAUGUAUCUAUUCCUAGUUUAGUCAGACCUCUAAUUUACCUGGAUUUUUUUUGUGAUACAAACUUCAGUUUUUCCCAUUGGGGUCUCCCCAUCUUAUUUCUUCCAAGAGAACUAGUUAAGUGAUUGGUUGCAGGAGGUACUGUGGGACAUUUUGGUACAGUUAGAUAAUGUGUGCACCAUCAUGUGCCAGCAUUUUAUGAGUAGGACUGCACUUUUCUAGAAUUGCUAGAUGUAGGUGUGAGUGAAGCUUGAAUGUUGCAUAUAUUUAAUUCUCUUCAAAAAUAUGUUUCUUGUGUAUGUUGUGUUUUCUACUAUCUAAAACUGUAAUCCACAUCAGAACUGGUUAUCAAAUCUCCUGGGAUGCUUGCAUAAGAAUUGAAAUAGAUAAAAAGCAUCUGCAAGUUAACAUGCCAGGCAUUUUUCUGGUUUCUAGCGGUCCCACUUCACACUGUGGGAAUAGUCCUGGCUGCCUCUAGCCUGGGAAACUUUGCAUGGUGCUUUCAUCUUUGUAACACUUCCUUCUCUCUCUGACAGCACCAGGAACAGGGCCUGUUUGCACUGCAGUGAAUGAGAUAAUUUUCCAAGGUGGGAGUGCAAUGCACCAGGGAUUAGCUGAUAUUUAAGGAGCAUGAAUGAAAGCAGCAAACACCUCACCAGGGUGGGCCGUACAAGCCUUUGGGCAGUUAUUCCCUUGUAGGAUUUGAAGUUUUAUUGGCAGCUGAUUAGGUAAACUGGAGUCAUUUGUCCCCUAGGUGUGUCCCUACCCGUGAGGAGAGGUGGCCAGUAAAUGUCAGCUGAGGCACCGAAGGCUGCGAUGCACCAGCCUGGUGCCGUGUGAGGACGGCCUAGUGGAAACACUCAAUGCAUGCGAGUUUGCUUUUCAGACCUAAUGAUUACUUCAAGUCAGGGAUUUUAACUUUGUCAGAAACUUGAGUUGUAAAACAGAUUGGUCUCCUGAAAACUUCCCUGUCAAUCAAGAGCCUUCAUUUUCAAUCUGGAAUAUAUCACUAAUUUUUAAACCCCUGACCUCUUUCAGCUUUGAUUUUUUUACAAAAUCUAAAGCAAUAUAUAACCAAAACGAAAUCUAACACUUACAGAGUUUGCUAUUGCCAGGCACUGUUUUAGCUAUUUUACAUGUAUUACCUCAUUUAAUCCUCAUAACAGCUCUGAGGUAGAUUCUGUUAUUAUGCCAUUUUAUAGAUGAGGAGACUGAGGCAUAGAGAGAUGAAAUAAUUUGAUCAGGGUCAUACAAGCUAAUAAGUAGUGAAGCAGGUACUUGCAUCCAAUCAGACUGAUUCUAGAAUUCCCUUCUCUUGACUGCUAUACUAUACUGUCUUCAAAAAAUGUAAUGCAAAUCUCCCUUAUUUCUUUAUAUUUGGCUUGACUGUAUGAAUACACAUUUCCUCUUUUAUGGGAGAUAUUUGAACCAAUGAAUAUGAAUACUAUUUCUCUGGGCUUAGAUAUGUUUUGGCGGGCUUGAAUAAAGCACCUCAUCUGUGCUACUUGUGAAUUACUUUCUAGAGCAGCAUGAGUUCAUACCUAGAUACAUGUGUUCUCAGAGGCACUGCAUAUACUGAUACAAGUGAAUAAUGUGCAAUCAUAGGGGUGCCACUUACAUAGACUACCAUGGUCAUGAUGCCCCUGACAUUGUGCAGUGUGCAGCCUAUGCAACUGUCUGUGCAGUCCUUUAAAAGCUGCCUGCCAGCCUUAUUUAGAUAACUUUCAGGAACAUAACAGAAAACGAAUAUACCUCUGGUCAUAGUUCAUGCUGUAUAGGCUUACCUCAGUGCAUCAAAGCUACCUUUCAGUUAAAAAUGUAUGAAUGAAAAAAUAAAAAAUAUUAUAUAGAACAUGUCUGUAUAUUAAAAUAUCCAUGUAAAAGCAGCCUACCAGAUAAGUAAAGAAGCUGUUAGGGUGGCAGCUGAACAAUCAAAGUAAGUACCUGUACUCAUUUCUAAUUUAGAUGGACCUUAGUAGCCAGACUGUGGAUGUUACACUUAACAAAAUCAUCAGCUUUGUAACUUUGCAAAUUAGACACUGACACAAUAGAAUCAGAAAAUAAAAACCAAAUGGAAAUAUUUCAGCUGUCAUUUAGCUUGAAACAACAAAACUCACUCACACAUCAGACUUCAGGGAUUCAUGGAUGCUCUUUAAUGAAGUACCGGUUGUGGUUAAAAAUCAGGCAACACUUGGAAAUUUUUAUGAGACGGGCAGAAUACUUUAUGGAUGAAGUGAAACAGAGCCCUCAAACUGUUUUAUCAAUUAAAGAUAUUCAAUAGUACAUGGGUUAUGUAGCAUUUAUACUACUUAGUUUUAGGAAAUAAUGAGUUAACUGGCUAAAAUAAAAAGCUCUCUUUCCAAGCAGCUUUAAUUAGGUAAAAGUCAAUGCUUAAUAGUCUGUUAAAGCAUUAUUUUAAAAAUUAGUGAAGUGGAAUUAAUUGUAAGCUAACAGUCUUAAGUUGGUGUGGUGUAGGCUUCUGCAAUCACGAUGGUUAUUGUCACCUUUAUUAAGGGAAGAGGGCUAGCACAGAGCAUGAUGUGGAGUUCACAGCACACUUGAAUUCUAUUCCCUUAACUGCUCACAGCAGUGCUGCAUGCAUCAGCAGUCAUCAGGGCUGUAGCAGGGUGUCAGCAAAGUGACACAUAACCACACUCUCUCUUGCUACUGUGUCACUCUUCAGUUAGAAAGUUGAGUAUUGAUAGUAGGAUGAGGAUUUAAGCAUCUUGAGGGUGGGAAGAUCCGUCUGUUUCCUGACUGCUCUAUCCCCAGGGCCUGGCACCCAGUGAAAUGAAUGAACUGUUUUGUGAUCUGACUGCAUGCACACUCUGUGUACUCAUGAGGCAUAGGUCUGUUUCUGUGAACAGCUUUACUAUAUGUGAUGUCUUUUAAUGACUUGGACUUCUUUUAUAUUGUAUUUAUUUUUAUUUUAUAUUGUGACCUUGAGGCCAGUUAGCCACCCAAGUUUCAUCUGACAGACAUGUUUGGUAGUUGAUUAUAGCAAUUAAAGUUUUAUCUAUUGGUUAAAAUUCGGAAGUUAUCAGCCGUCUGUGAAAACCACUGCACUAUCAACCACAGACCAAGGAGGAUUUUCAUCUAAUGAAAAACAAAGAAAUUAUAUUAAGAUCCUAAUACCAGAAGGCGGGCAUUCGGAGAAUGUCUUAGUUUGCUCAGGUUGCUAUAACACAAUACCUUAGGCUAAGUAAUAUAUAAACAACAGAAAUUGAUUGCUUAUGGUUUUGGAGUCUAAGAUCAAGGCCUCAGCAGAGUUAGUGUUCUGUGAGGGCUCCUUCCCCAUAGAUGGUGCCUCCUAUGGAGGUUCACAGGCGGAAGGGACAAGGCAGCUCUCCGUGGCUCUUUUGUAAGAUCCUAAUCAAAAGCACUGAUCCCAUUCAUGAGGGUGCAGCCUUUGUGACCUAAUAAUCUCCCAAAGGCCCCACGUUCUAAUACCAUCACCUUGCUGAUUAGGUGAAUUUUUUUUCUGCUGUGAUCUUUUUGUUAAGAAUCAUUUCUGUAACAUAAAAUAUGAUAAUCAUUAAGCAUGGUGGCCAAGUUAGCAUUAUCAUAUUAGCUCUAAUUAGCUGUAAUUGAAUUUUUAUAUUUUAUGCAAUUGUCAAAACCAACCUCUACUGUAUAUUUUAAUAUACAACUGUGGACUUUAAAAGUGUUAGUAAUUCAGUCUUCUAGGACUCCUGGAUUCUCAGAAAUCCUUUGCACAUAGUUUUUGUCGUUCUGAAGAGUACCCAUUUCACAGAUGAAAAAACUAAGGCACAGAGCGGUUGUGGGGGGCCCAGGAGUUAACUAUCAAAUGUAACUGGAGACUCAUGAUUCCAUGUAUUGUGUUCUUUCUAGUCUACAGUACUGUGUAUACCAAGAAUCCUCAUUAAGUACAACAUAGCCACCCAUUAGCAAACCGGAGAUAACCAGAAAGCCUUAGUUAUAUGUACAUAGGUAUAUACUUUCUUCCUUGCUGGGACAACCUUUGGAACUCCCUUUGGGCAGGAAUCUAAGAAGAAAAUCAAUGUAUCCCUCUUACCAUAGGCAAAGCAGCAUUUCUUAAUUUUCAACUUGUAUCAUCUGCCCCUGCUCUCACUUAUUUUGUAAGAAGAGUCAUUGAUGCCAAGUCAGGCCACCAAAAUGGCCACUUUUAAUUACUGCAUCUCCAGUCUUACACUAGACCUUGCCAUUCUAUGUGAUGGCAGAGGGGUCACACCUUACUGUAGUGACUAUAGUGCAGUUGUAUGUGCAAUGUUUGGUUGUUUUAUGAAUGUUGGAGAGAAUUUGUACUGUAGGACACAGGGUCUUAAGGUUUUAUGUAUUGGGCUGAGGAUCCUAUUUUAUAUAAUGGCAGAUUUCUAGAGCUGAUGUUGACAGCCAUAAUGUUAACACAUUUUCAAAGCAAAGAAAGUUGGAUGGAAGAGUUAUGAAGAGAAAAUAUUGGUGAUGAUAGGGAACACUUCCAAAUGAUAUUGAAAAUAAUAUUCCAGGAGAGAAUUUGAUUAGGUAGAAAAUGCAAACUGAGUACACUGCUUUCCUAUGAAAACAGUGAAGACUCUUUACUAAGAAUGAGAUAUUCUGCUUUUUUGGAAGCAGUAGCAUGAGCAUUCUGCAGGAUUUCAAAUAGUUAAAUAAUUAUUAUGCCUUGGCCCAGGAGUCUCAGCCUGUCUGCAGAGAAGCAGCGAAUAUUAAGUACCUGAAGCCUUUGCUCUGAGGUCUGUGUUGGGGGAGGAUGUUUGUAGUAAGGUUUGGGUCUAGUGGAUGCAUUCAUAAACUAUAGAGAUAUGUGAACUAUGCCUGGAAGCUACCAUUUCUGUUUCCUCUGGAAGUUCCAGAGUAGAAGGAACCAUCAUAGUCUCCACCCAUUACCUCAAUGGCAUCCCUGAACUACAUCUGGGCUAUAGUUCCAGCAACUGACCAGAGGCACUCUGUACCUCAUCAAAUUGUAGUUAAUCUUCCUUUUUCCUUUCUCUCUCUCUGACUUACAUAAAUCAAGUAUGGUCCUUAGUAAAUAUCUGAAGAGGUAAUUUCCUAUUAAAUAGGAAUAGUAAUAGAGGAAUUCUAUCUGUACAGUUUAUACUUGUUUUGGUAAAUGACUGAUCUCUUGUAAAACUUGAGAGCUUUUUCUGGGCUAUUCAGUGUGCAUAAUGAAUAUUGAUAUCUUAGGGCUUUAAAAAAUAGCUUCCUUAUGUAGGCGUUAGUGUGCUUGGAGACCAGUUUGAGAAUUUUGAAAAAAAAAAUUUAAUGUCAAAGUAGGAUUUAAUUUAAACUUUAGCGUCUUCAUCUUAACCCUCUUUCAACUUCUCCAGAACAGUUAUUAGCAUAAAAGCUUAAUGAUUUACAUCUGAAGGUUAUGUAUGUACUGAGGAAAUUCAGUGUUGAUUCUAAAUACUUCUUAGUCAUCCUUAAACCCAGCUUGAAGCUCUAGGGUGCUUAAGCGUAGCUCGUUAUUACAGAAGUAAGUCAUCAGUGAAUUGUUUGGCAAACAGCAGUUUGUAGUGGUUUUUCUCUAACUUAGCCUCUUUCAGAAGUGUCUGCAUUUUUCAGGAAAAUUAUCUGUUCAUAUUUUGAGGAUAAAAAAUAGCAUUGAAGGUACUUUUAGUGCAGAUUUGCUGGGGCUAUUUUGGUGGUCCUGAUUUUUUUUUUAUUUUAUAAAGGAAUAUUAAUAUUGGUCUCCCCAUUAUACUUCUUGGAAUUCCUUACCUGCUGAUACCUGACACCCUUGCCUCUGUAGGGGAGUUUCCCAUUAUUGGGGUUUCCUCAGGCUCCAACCCUCCUGUCUCUUCUGCCUCCCCUCCUCCAAGGCAUUGGUGUCUUCCUAGCUUGAUCAUCUGCCCCUACCUUCCCCCUACCCUCCUUUCCUUUUUAGUUGUGGUGAAAAACAUGAUACAAAAUUUACCAUCUUAAUCAUUUCUAAGUAGAUAAUUCUCGGGGGUGUUUUGUUAUUGUUUUAUAUUAUGAAUUUUUAAUUUUAAAAUGUUCACAUGUUUCUUAGCUGCAUCUCUACAGCCAAGAUCUAACCUACUUAAGGGCUUGGGCCACAUGUUGUUCUUCUCACUGCAUGCAGUCAAUGCAUCCAUUAUGUGCCUGUUAUUUCCAAGCACUCUGUUUUGCAUUCCUGACUUUCUUGAGCACACAGCAGCUGUUAAACAUCUGAUCACUGAGUUUCAGAAAUUUUUUUUUAGGAAUGAUUUUCAGUGGUAGAAUUUGAAAACAGCUUGUGUGAGUAGUCAUAGCUCACUCUUUUAAAAAUAAAUGCCAAAUAAGAAUUGGAUUAUCGUGGGGAAGUCUCUCACUUAAGAAAAAUCAUUGUAGAGUAAUACCAAUUGAGAUUUUCAUUUCCUUUCAGCAGGACUGGUAGGAUAGAUACUGUGUGUGUGUGUGUUUUCUUAAACUAUAGUGUUGAUUAAUUUCUUUUUUAAUUACUCUGCCCAUCUCAAGAAUACAUUUAUUGUCAUUUUAGAUUGCUGGGUCAGGAAUGAAAGUUUGAGUGUGUUUGAUUUCAGUCCUGAACUCUCAUAUAUUAUGUUUCUGGGGAGUGAGCUUAGUUUUAAUAUAACUUUCGAUUUGGGGGAUUUUAGAAGUUAAUGCAUAAAAUAGUGUUCCCUUUGCAUGGAUGGAUGAAAUUUUGUGGUGUUCAAACUGUUGUAUUAGAGAUGUGAAUGCCUAAUCAUAACAUAAAUUCUGUCAACUAUCUUUCAUAUUUAAGCAGGUUACAAUGGAUAGAAAUAUUUCUUGAAAAGCUAGUCUUUUUUUUUUUUUUUUUUAAUAUAGUUGCUCACAGUCCUUAGGCGCACAGCAAAUGCCAGAACUGCCCUAAUUAGGUCAGAUGUUUCUCAUUAGCUUGUAACAGUCUUGGAUGGAUGGAUGGAUGGAUGGAUGGAUGGAUGGAUGGAUGGAUGCACAGCAGAUGGAUUGACCCAGGACAGACACUUUAAUCGACCCCUCGCCACUGUCACACUACACAUAUAUAACUCCCUGGCUACACUGAAUCUUAAAGACUACACAUACCACUAAUAUUGUACUGAUUGAAAUUGCUCGUUUCAAUUCCUAACAGACUGUCUCUGUCUUUCUUAAUAGCCUGUGAAUAUCUGCAGAACAAGGGCUGACUUACCUGUUUUGUUAGUGCCUAGCAUGGAGUAGACACAGAACAAGUGUCUAUAAAUUGAAGUAACAGUGUGAUGGCUUAUGAAAGCAAAAUCAGAUGCAGAAUAUUUGUAUAUUUUAUUUCAGAAUAUUUAUAUUUUAGUAAGUUAAUGCUCACUCUUAAGUAAAGCAAUGGGAAAAACAUCCUCUAAUAUGUACUUUUUCUUGUAAUAAUCUACUGAUGGUACUGAUGGCAUAUUUUUAUUAGCAUUCCUUGGAAUUAGUCAGUAAGCAUUUACAAAGGAUCCUGUAUACAGUAGAUAAUUAGUAUUUUGAUGAAUAAAAGAUGAACACUUUUCCUAGUAUACCUCAUAGAAAUGUAUAUAAAUUAUAUUGUUGAUAUUCCUGUCAUUGAUGUUAACAUUAAUAAAAUAUCAUGGAAGGGCUGGUUUCAAUUUACCAUUUUUGAGAAAAAUGGCAUAUGCAUGGUGGCCUUUAAAAUAGUCAUUGUCAUUAAGGAUUUGUAUAUUCUGUUUGUUCCCAGAUGUCAUGGUCUUGUGGGGAGGAUAGAAUAUUCCUCAGCAACUUCUUACACUUUUUUUAACACGUUGGUUCCAUGUUCACACCUGUGAGUUUAGGUGAUAGUGCUGUGAGAUACUUUUAGGAUGUUAUUUUUUGCGUGAACAAACAGAGGCUAGGCUUAGAGGAAAGCAUACCAGUUUUUUCUUGCUGCAUAACAAAUUUCCACAGACAGCACCCAUUUCUUAGCUCGGUGGCUCCAAGUCUGCCAUGGCUCAGCAGGGUUCUCUGACAGGGUCUCCGAUGCAAGGAGUUGGCUACAUGGCCCUCUCAAGUAAGGCCAUGGGGAAGAAUCCGCUCCCGAGCGCUCAUUCAGGUUGUCAGCAGGGCUGAGGUCUCUGUUUCCUGGCUGCAGGACGAGGACUGAAGUUUCUAGAAGCUCCUAGAAGCCACUUGCAUUUGUUUGCUGUGGGCCUUCUCAGGAACAUUGCAGCCAACAGCAGGAUCCCUCAUCAGAUUCCUGUCAGACUUCAAAUCUCUUUGGAUUCUUUUCUGUGACCAGCCAAAGGAAGCUCUUUUAAAGGGCUCAUGUAAUUAGGCUACGCCCAUCCAGAUAAUCUCUCUAUCUUGAGGUCACUGUGGCACACACCUGCCAAUCAUGGGAGUCAAAUCCAUGGUAUUUACUAGCCAAGGGAUUACACACAGGGCAUACACCAGGGGGUAGGGAAGUCCUAGCCCCUCUUUGAAUUCUGCCUCCAUGGAAAGGUCAGUUAAGAUGCUUGGGAAAUGCUGCCAAAUUUACCCCAGCAUUUAUACUGCUUCUACUUUGAGAUGCUGAAGACCGUGAUCUAAGAACUCUCUUCUUGUUUAACCUUACUGUGUUUCUAUGGGAAAGGAAAGCAGUGCUCUGUCCUUGGCGUACAGAGAUGUUCUUAAUUUACAGUCAGUAGGGCUGAGGGUUUGAUGCUUAUGAUUUCCGUUCAUUGAACUGUAUUCUUUCAGCCAAUCACUCCUGGGCCAGUGGUACCCAGAUGAGGACUCUAGUCAGGUGUGCAGGUUUGCAAUGAACGUAGAAACCAAACUGACCCUUGUUAAGGGCUUAACCUAGGUUAAGAACUUGACAAGCUAGGCCACAGGGAGCUGCCCUGAGUUCGAGACUAGAGGAGUGACUUGUCAAAAUCACUGUUUUGGGCGGAUUAACUUUGAAACUGUGUGAAUGGUAAGAGGGGAGAAGCCAGAAGCAAAAGUCAGUCAGGAAUUCAGAAAUGAAUGCUCAUUUAUCAGUGGUAAGGGAGAUUUAGAAAUGUAUUGUGUUCCUUGGAUUGCUACUAUCAAUGGUGGUAGUGCCGGGAAAAUUAAAAAGACUGAGGAAGUGUAAGCAAGCUAUAAGACAAAAUCAGGCUGCUUGUUAGGACUUGUGAGCACCUGGGUAGCCUAUGUUUACUUUCCAGAGAGACCAUAUGCUCGUGACUUUCAGGGUGCAUUGUUCAGGUAAAUCAUCACUUUGUGUAUGGGACUUGCAAAUAUAUAACAUUUGGCAUUUCAAAUGGUAAAAAGUACUAUGGAGGAAGAUAAAGCAGGAAUGGGGAUAGAUGCAUAUUAGUAUUAAGUGCAUAUCAAUUUGUGGCUUUUAAAAAUCACCUAACAUAAGUUGUUAACCUGAGGCACAUGGGUUGGAUGGAUAUAAAUGUGUAUUUUACAUGGAGUUGUAUUUCACAUUUAUGGCGUUUGACCAUGUGCUCUCCCCUACCUCUUUCAAAAAGCAACAUUCAUUUAAAUGAGGUGGAUAAUGGAUCUAUAACAUUUAUUAUUCUGAUGAUAGGAUGUUCAUUGCUUCUGAAUACCUUACUUCUCUCUGUUUGAUCAUUAACCUAAUCACAUACUCUAAUUUUCCUAGAGUCAGUAUUCAAAGGGAGUUUGGCUUUUACUUCCUUUUCCUUCCACUGUUUGACUGAAGAAUUUUUGAAAUAAAAAAACAAAACAUAGGAAUCAUCUGUGAGGCUGGGCACUGGAUAGGGAACACAUCUGUUUCAUCAAUUUCCUGCUGCAGAGAGCAUUUUAAGAAAGGACAGCAUUCCUGUGACCUCUGCCUACCAUCCAUAAAAUACUCAUUCCCCUCUCAGCUCUGCCUGCAGUUGAACACAAAGACCUGGAGGAGACUCCCACCUCUUCAGGGAGAAGAAAGGAGGCAGCGAAGCAGAUUAAAGGAACUUGUGGCUUGUGGCCUUUUUGUGCAAGGGCUGCCUGAAAGGGGAGAAAAGUGUAUGAAAGCCACCGUGGCGGUUAAUGAGCUGUGAGAUGAGGCGCUGCUGCGGCCGCUGCUGCUGACACUCGCUCCCAGGCUGCACCCGCUGCCCUUGGCGCUUCAUGUACAUGUGUCUAUUCAGGCCGUGCGGAGGCGUCCAGAAGAGCAUCCAACACGGCUGCCGGGGAAAGACCGCCCACCAUGCCCACGGAGACCCUACAGACAGGUAGCAUGGUGAAGCCGGUCAGCCCCGCGGGCACCUUCACCUCUGCCGUGCCCCUGCGUAUCCUGAACAAGGGGCCAGACUACUUCCGCAGGCAGGCCGAGCCCAACCCCAAGAGGCUCAGCGCCGUGGAGAGGCUGGAGGCCGACAAGGCCAAGUACGUCAAGAGCCAGGAGGUGAUCAACGCCAAGCAGGAGCCCGUAAAGCCCGCCGUGCUGGCCAAGCCCCCGGUGUGCCCGGCUGCCAAGCGCGCGCUGGGCAGCCCCACGCUCAAAGUAUUUGGCAACCACGCCAAGACCGAGAGUGGCGUGCAGAGGGAGAACCUCAAGCUGGAGAUCCUGAAGAAUAUCAUCAAUAGCUCCGAGGGCUCCAGCUCGGGCUCGGGGCACAAGCACAGCUCCCGCAACUGGCCGCCCCACCGGUCGGAAACCACCGACCUGCACCGUCACUCCUUCGCGGAGUCCCUGAAAGUCUACCCCACGCAGGGCCGCGGCAGCCCGCAGGAGGGCGGCUCCCACGUGAGCAGGAGACUGCUGGAGCAGUCAGCCGAGUCCUUCCUCCACGUGUCCCACAGCUCUUCGGACAUCCGCAAGGUGACCAGCGUGAAGCCCCUCAAGGCCAUCCCCUGCAGUAGCUCUGCCCCUCCCCUGCCUCCCAAGCCCAAAAUCGCAGCCAUCGCCACCAUGAAGUCCCCCGAGGCUGACCCUGUGGAACCAGCUUGUGGAGUCAGCCGAAGACCCUCCCUCCAGCGGUCUAAGUCAGACUUGAGUGACAGAUAUUUCCGAGUGGACGCGGACGUGGAGAGGUUCUUCAACUACUGUGGACUGGACCCGGAAGAGCUGGAAAACCUGGGAAUGGAAAACUUUGCAAGGGCUAAUUCUGACAUAAUAUCCCUCAACUUCCGCAGCGCAAGCAUGAUCAGCUCGGACUGUGAACAGUCUCAGGACAGUAACAGUGACCUUAGAAAUGAUGACAGUGCCAAUGACCGUGUGCCGUAUGGCAUUUCUGCCAUCGAAAGAAAUGCCAGAAUCAUCAAGUGGUUAUAUAGCAUCAAACAAGCUAGAGAGUCACAGAAGGUCUCCCACGUGUAAGACAGUGCGUGGAAAGGAGGAAGGGUGGGUCUCUGUGCUUACGCAGUUGUAAAGGUUGUGAGGUCUCCUUGAAGUGUUGUGAGCUUCUCCACUCUUUGUGUUGCUUGUUGUGCAAUGUUUUCAAGUUGCAUGCCUGUCAACAUGGGGACUGACCUGGCUUCCACGUCACCAUCGCUGCAGAGCCUGGCCUAACACGCGUCAUCUGCCAAAAGUUUCAGGCCAGAAUCUAAUUAGGGCUUUGCUCUUAAGCAAAACUGUUUACAUGAAAAUGGUAUACGACUUCUUCAAUAUUUAUGUGGUUCUUGUGUUUUUAUAUCCCGCGCUAUUAUGUCUUAAUUAAAAGUUUUAUCAACUGGCUUUUAAGUUGAGAGCAGAAUCUUUUUGAAAUAAAAAGCCACUUUGCCUACAUGUGAGACUAUUCCAAUGGGACAGUAAAUGGGAUCUGCUACCAAACAGAUAGUGACUGACCGCACAUAGAACCAGGCUGGGUUUUCUGUGGAAUAAAGUGGUGAGCCUGACGUUAAUCGUUUACAUGUUGAAAUUCUCUUGCCACUUAGUGAAGUGUCGCUGGGGUAACAAUGCUAAGUUUUGUGUCCGAUUCAGUGUGUAAAUGUUGGUGGUUCUGUGUAAUGCUGACCCCAAGGAAAGACAAUCAGAUAAAAUGAAGGAUGGUUAAAUCUAGGAGGUUGGGUGUUUGGGGGUUUUGUUGAUGUUGUUCUGAUUUGGGAUAUUUCAGAAAUUUUUAAUAUUAUCUUUUGACAGAAUGGCCACCCUAAAACAAAUACUGAAUGCCUUUUAAAAAAAAGAAAAAAAGUUGUGUUUGUUUGUUUUUGUCGAGAACUACUAAUUUCAUGCUGUUUCUUUCUCUCUCCCUUUGUUGUUAUUUGAUUUGAGGGAAGGGAGUGAGGCUUGUGCAGGUUUGAGCUAUCAGAAGACAUGAACAGAAGUGAAAAUACCAGCCAUAUCAGUAGAGCCUCCCAUUCAAAAGUGAACACACUUGGUAGCUGAACCAUAUCUGAGCAGCGUGAUUCUGUUGUCUUGCAUAUGUUACUCUCUCAGGCUGUGGGUCUCUGUUACAGCUCUAGGAAACUGUAGAAUUUCAAUGCUAUGUAGCUUUUCCACCCCAUGGUCUCUAGUGCUGCCUAUCAACUUGUCCCCUUUUUUUCCCAAUAACCUGUCUUUCAGGUGGUACAGUUAGCUGUCACUCAGCUGACUCUAUGAUGUGGCAGCAGAGAGGGAAACCUACAAGUGGUUUGCCUCAUUGCCUUUGCCACAUCUGAAGUUCUCAGCAGCGCUACCUUAGACUUCAUCAGCUAAUAGGAAACUUUUUAUGGUGUAAAUGCUGUAAGACUUUGUACAUACUUCAGUUGUUAUGAAAUCUUUAAAGAAAAAAAAAGAAAAAGUUACACUAAUAAAUUGCUCUGGUGCAGGCACUAAUGGUGGUGGUUUCUCUUUGUCCUUCUGUAUUCUCCUUCCACAAAAGUUUGACUUUGGACUAUGAAUCAGAAGCAGAUUUUUGAUAGUCUUGAAGAAACAUUAUUUCAUUAAGUUAUAUUAACCACAUUCCAAUUACUCCAAACACCAGUGUUCUUAAUUGUGUCUCUAGCAAUGUGCUUUUGCUAAAAUGGUUACAUCAGGGUUCCUAAAAUGUGCUGCAGCAUCUCAAUUCACACUUCUGUUAUUUUUGUCUUUUCUUAAACAUCAGGAUUUUUUUGCAUCUUCCACAUGACUCUUCAGUUGUAAAUAUUUAUGAGUUCUCACCUUGGAGGCAUACCUUCGAAAUGUAUGGCUUUGUUUUUAUUUGUACCAGCCCAACAUCCAUACCUUGGCAUGUUUUCACACACUGGCUCCUCCACUCCUUCCUUCAUUCCUCUUGAAAAUGUCACUUGUUGAGUGAGUGACUCCUUCCAGGUAUCUUGGUAGGCACAGGACUUUCAUAGUUAACAACACAGUCUCUGCCUCAAGGAACUUAGAUUUUCCCCUUUAUUUUAAGAGAAAUAAAAUUCCUCUUAGUGGACAUGUCCUAUCUGCUGUAUUUGGACAAUGAGUAUUCCAUGAUUAUUUAUUACAUCAAGUUAUUUGAAAAUUAAUAUUUCUUGCAAAAUUCCAUAUACUACGCAAAUGUAAAAUAAAGCCCUCUUUAAAAGGUAAUUUUCAGAAACAAAUUAUAUGAUUCUCAACUAUUACUGUUUAUAAAUAUUUUCCUUCUCAAAAGCAAAUAUGCUUCCUUGACUCUUUCUCCUGGUUUUGAAUUCUGCCUGGUUUUUUAAUUCAUGUUCAGUAAAACUAAAACCCUGCUUCCCAGAAGAACUAUUUUGGAAUGCAGCUAUGAGUGGGGAUGAUACAAUGUGUUCAAUAUAAUAGAAUAAAAAUAAGUUUUCUAAAAAAAAAAAAAAAA